UGUUGGUUUUAUUUUGGCAACUUUGCUUAAAGCAAUGACAAGCCUCAUGGUCGCAAUGCGCAAGAAUGCUUACCUUGGUCAGACAUUGGUUAGACCACUGCUGUGCUUUUAUUUCCCAUUGCUGGCUUCAGAGGUUGCAUGCUUUAUCCAGAUGAAGGAGGAGUCUGUGAUGGAUCUCGCUCAAGGUGUGCGUUCUGCCUGCGCCGCCUUGGUGGUUUGCAUGGCCUUUGGCAUGCCCUUGCUACUUCGACAUUUACAACCUGAGAUUCUCCUGAAGGAAGAUCGCCUCCCAAAUUUUCUGCUGCUGGCACCACAUCUAUUUUCUCUUCCUAUCCUUCUCACGCGUUGCAAAGAUGUUGGGCCUAGCACCACUAUCCUUUGCGCUGGAUUAGUUUCCUUCGACUUGCCAGUGAGCUUCAGAACGGCUUGCGUUCUGCCCUUGCUGGGAGCUUUAACCUGCGGCUGGACAGCACCAUUAGAUGGCAUUUUGCUCUUCCUGAUAGGUGUCGCCUUUCGGGCGAGCCGAAUGUUGGAGGCGAGCCACGAGAGCUCCACGCGGAAGAGCAAGGAAGCCUUCAGCAUUCUUCCAGAGCCAAGUCCAAGCCACCACAGCUUAGCGAAGGAGGAGGACUUAGAGCAGGCACCUGGUACCAAGAACUACCAGGAGGACAAGGUGAAUGCUGCGUUCUUGGAUAAGAACACCUUGAACGCAAGCGGGGUCAUGCUGAACCAGAACUCCACCACCAACACCGAGGAGCAAACCCGAGCCCGACUCAGCAGUGGCUUCAUGCAGAGUGGCGGUUUGGACCGGCAGAGCAGUCCGGCGACGGACGAGCGAGCUCGACUCAGUGGUGGCUUCAUGCCGAGUGGACUCAGCCGGACUGCCGACACUGGCAGCGGCGUGGGUACCGUACGGGCGCGGCUGGAGGGGAACUACGAUCGACUGGGAAGCGUGCAGGGCCUUGACUUCAAGGCGGCCGGUAUCAGUUCCUCGGUGGAUCCUGAUGAACGGGCCGACGUCGUUUACCAGGACGGCCCCGAUGAGGCGUUGAUGAUUGGAAUUCCAGGCUCACCAUUCAGCCGCCCGCGGGGCUGCUCUGAGUACUCCAACAUCUCCGGCGGCUCGUCGCCUCCGCCCGCGGCGCGGCCCCGAGGAAUCUCCGAGGGAUCCGAGUGGUCCGUGAACACCUUGACCUACAGUGUCUCAGUGCCAUCCUCCAGCCCCAGCUUCGGCAAUAUGCUGAAGACCGACUCUGCGUGCCAAACCACCGUGGUUUGGAAGGACACCAAUUGGCAUUGCACCCAAUGCGCACGGCCUCCUUUGCCUCAGCGGGAUUUGAGGCAGACUCCUUCCAAAGCCAGCUCCUUCGCAGGAGUUGACCCCAAGUGGGCACGGGAGUGCAAGAACAAGGCCAACGAGUUUGUGGAGCAGCUUCAAGGUGAGUGGAGGCUUCAAUGUAGUUCUGCCGGUCACAAAGACCUGGUGGCGGAUUGGUUAUCAGCUUUCAGCAUCGAUGGUCAUGACGUGACCAGCCAGGAUGGCACAGAGCAACAGCUGGAGAUCAUUACUGAGAUGAAGGUGUGCUUGUGUGGGGGCGAACUGAAGUUGGACAACUUGGGCAACCUCCAUCGUCAUGGCCGAUCUGGUCAGCAUUUGGUCUUUAGCCCCUGCGAGGAGAUGUCGCAGGAGCAAGAGUCCAGCAGAUCACACAGGGAGCUCUCUUAGAGGAAGAACGGGAGGAGGGCUGCAACAUUCUGAGGAUCAGUUUCCGAUGAAAUUGUUUCUCAGUGGCCUGAGCCAGCAGCCUGUGGAUGGGUUUCAAGUCUUGACGC